CUGCAGCUUUUUAGGGAAGAAAUCAAAACGAGAUCACAAGGAAACCACAUCAUCUGAGACCAGCCCUUCCCAUUUAUAACUUAGAAGCCUGAAAAAUGAAGCCUAAAAUGAAGUAUUCAACCAAGAAAAUUUCCCUAGCAAAGCUGAACAGCACAGCAAACAAAGCCUUGGUAAAAUCUUGCAAGCUGACAAAAUCCCAGAAGACUGAAGAAGUUUGCCAUUUGUACUUUAUGAAGCUACGCUCUGGCCUCACCAUAGAAAAGAGGGCCUGUUACUUUAGGAAAAAAAACACCAAAAGGCCUUCUUUAGGAAAGAACACACCAAAAACAGGUGGAAAAGAACCUCUGUCAUUCGCUGCCUAUCGAGAGGAGUCUACAGUGGAGCAUUUUGCCUUUGGUAUACCCAAGAUCCAGAAAUAUACUAGAACACUUUAUGUUCCAAGUACCACAGGACUUUCACCUAUUACAGAAUCUUUUGCUUCCCUAAGCACAUACAAUGAUCAAUCCGUUACUUUUGUUUUGGAGGAUGGAAGUUAUGAGAUCUAUAUUGAAGACUUGAAAAAAGAUCAAGAGAAAGAUAAGGUGUUACUGCGUUACUACGAGUCUCAGUGCUCCUCAAGUGAAUCAGGUGACAGUGUCGAUGGUAAGAUGUUAAUGGUAAACCUGGGUACCACGAAAGACCAUUGGCUGCAUGCCAACAAGAAGGAGCACUCUGUGGAGCUCCAUAAAACUGAAAAAUCAUUGCCCGAGCAGGCCUUCUUUGUCCUUCAUAAGAAGCCCUUCAAAUGUGUUUCAUUUGAAUGUAAGAACGAUCCUGGAACGUUUAUAGGUGUAAAGAAUAAUCAACUUGCUCUAAUUAAAGUAGACCGUUCUGAGAGUUUGAGCAGUGAGAAUAUCAUGUUUAAACUCUCUAAAACUUAAUGUGAUGGAAAGCUGUGGGUCUUGGAUUGGGUAGCCCAAACGCCACCCACUGGAGAAGGAACGGGAGAUAAAGAAAGAGAUGCGCAACAUGCAAGGGAAAUGGAGAGUGCUUAGCAUGCUGUGGAAUGUUUUCCUGCUUAUGUAAAAAUAUUUUUUUCUUGUCCUUCAGUUCUGUUUUGUAUCUCCCUCUGUAUAACUGCAUACUCACACGAGCAUCAGUGUAUUAAAUAGAGUAUUGGUAAAGAAACUGCCAACGUACUACAGAGAUACAAGCCUAACUUUUACUUUUUUCUACCGUCAGCCCAGAAAGAAUUUCACAUUUAGAGCUGAGACCUCUGGGGAGAGUAAGGGCAACAGAUCAAGUCUCUCUAUAGACAGGGAUCCAUUUUAAAGAGCUACACAGAAAAAUAAUUUUCCCUGAUUCCAAACAAUAGCUCAAACACUAGACCUGCUAGUAAAGGGAAGACCAGAUGCUACAUAGGUUGACCAUUUCUCAACUGGAAUAAAACACCAAGUUUGUUUGUAAGAUGCCCUAGGCAACACUCAGAUCAGCUCUCUUACUGUAAGGGGUUAUGGAACUUUAAAUGCCUAAAUGGCUAGCCAGAUAAUAUA